UCUUAACCACUGGUGAGAUCCUUCCCUAGCCCAGCCCCAAGUGAUUGCUUUACUUCUACUAAGGCAGAUGCUGCUUUCCUGAUUGCAGAAAUCAAACUGGAGACACACAGUAUUACUCAGCAUCCCAUCGUCUCAGACAUAUAAGUGGAUCUUCCCAUUUAUCCAGAUGCUUCUAUGCACAUUCUGCAUCCCCAUAUGGCAUUUACUCUGCUGAUCCCAUCAGCCAUCAUUUGCCCUGCUCCUCUCCAGGUGGCAAUUACUGUCAGCUUGUGAAUAUCAAGCAGGGUCUGCCUGCCCUUUUCCAUGUUGCUUUCUAUCCUUUUGUGGCAUGAUGGCCACCAUCUUGGUUGUGAGAUGGCGUUAGCUAUAAAGAAAUUCAUCAAAACAACCUAUAUUAUCUAUUUGGAGCUGAAGAAGGUUCCCACCAGAGAACCAGAGAUCAUCUUCUUAAAUGAAAAUAUACAGCUGCGCUUGGGGAAUGAGGCAAACACUGUGAACCAACAGCAGCAGGCAACUUUUGAAACAUCUCAGCGCAUUGCUCAUGGGAAGGAGAGACGCUGUGUGCUGAAAAGGAAAAUCAGACGCAAAGUGGUGGAGGAGAAGGUUCUAACUGGUGAACUAGAGCCUGAGCCCCGUAUUAUAAUGGAGGAGGCAGAAAGCAUCACCCUGCAGCAGGAGGAGGAAAAAGAAAAUAUCAGGGCAGAAGGGGAAAGCGCAAAGACAUAUCGUGGUUUUAAUACAGAUAUCUCCCCACAGCAGGAAGAGAAGAGCGACUGUGAGAUCUAUGAGGAAUCUGGUCCCCUGGCUACAGUUACCAGCCAGAUCCUUGUAGCUGUGGCUGGUCUGAGAGACACAGUGAAAACCAAUGCUUGGGCAGCUGCAGUAAUGUUGACCUCAGUCCUGAAAGAGCAGAGGCACAAUAUUAAGGAAAAGGUGCCAGAGAUCAUGGAUAUUAUUUAUUUCCACCUGCAGGCUAUCGAGGAGGCCAGUGCCAGACAGGCAGCUAUGGGUGCUGUGUGUUUACUAGCUGAAAAGCACACAAGAGAAGUAGUUUCAGCUCUACUGAGACUCUCGCUCCCAUGUGACAGCCAUGUCAGUCAGAUCUGGGAGGCCCUAGGCAGAGCCAAAAAAAGUGUCAGCCUCCGGGUGAAUGCUGAGCUCCUGGAGAUGCUAAAAAGAAGACCAUGCCUCAAGAAGAGUGAAACCUCUGAGUCAAGAAAUAGCUUUGAGGAUAAUGCCUCUCUUUUGCCUCUAGCUGCAACAAGGGCCCUGUGCAUAAUAUUCAGUAAUAAAGAAUGCACAGUGCCUAUGGAUGCCUUUUAUGUAUCUGUGUUAAUCUUCCUGAUCAUUCAGCUGCAUUACCUGGUGAGCCUCCCAAAGGUUGUGUGUGGCUGGGAGGACAGGUUCCAAACAUCCAGUUUUGUGAGCUGUGCAGUGGAGGCUCUGAAAGCUGUGAUUAAAAGAGAAAAAUCCUAUUUGAUGCAAUCUGUGAGUCUGGCAGGAGGCUGGGACCUUUUAUCCAUGCCAGAGACUUACCUGGAAGGAGUUCUCCUUCUUGCUAGAGCCAUUGUAAAACACUACCGGAGCCUGGAUUUUGCUGUGUUUACCAAGGUGUCCCCUCUCCUGCACCACGGGGAUGACAAACAGAAGCUGACUGCAAUGGCCUUGUUCACUGGGCUUCUCUCUACUGAGUCCACAUAUGUGACACUAAAAAAGCAAUAUAUUCUGGGCCACCUGAAGAACUGGCACAUUGACCCAAGUCCUACUGUCCGUUGGCUUGGUCUUCUUGGACUUGGAAAUGUUGCACUUCAUCUGCAGAAGCAGAAAGAAGUCAAAGCUCUGCUUAGUGAUAUCCUGGAGACUUUUAAUGACCCUGAGGAGAAGGUAAUUCUGAUGGCUUUUGAAGCGGCUACCAAAAUUGUCACCCGCCACAAGCACAAGGGCCAUCUUGGCACAGAAUUUGUGAAAACUGCCAGACAGCUUCACCCAUUCCUGGCUGAUGAGAGGCAAAAAAUAUGCUGUGCUGCAACUGAGCUUUUUGGGGAUCUGCUCAGGGCCCUGAAUAGGAAAGAUAAAUCCCUCAUGCAGGAGCAGGUCCUCAGCAGUAUGGUCCCACUGCUGCUGAAUCUGCAGCAACAGCAUCCUGAUGUGAUCAAGAGCUGUACAGACACCUUACAGGAGUGUAAAGUCUUCUUGGGAUGGACCUUAAAUGACAACCAGGAGUCCUGGGACACUCUCUGUGAGCAUCUUAUUGAGCAAUACCCAGGAAGACUAUGGAGCUUCUUACACCAGGCCCAAGAGUAUCUCAGAAGCCCAUGGACUUCUUCAGGAAGAGCUGCCGGCAUAUUCAUAGACGUCAUAAUCCAGCAUAUGGAAUACAGCCUAGUGAAAAAGGAAGCCAUGGAUUUAUUGCAGUGUGAAUCAGAACUAUCAAUCCAGACAGUUGCCAGUAUCGGCACUGAGGAGGUGGAGCAAGUAUGCAGGCCUUACCCACCACCAUGUGCCAUGGCCUGCUGCUUCCUGUGUUCUUGUGGAUUUGCUGUUUGAUUCUGAGGCCUCUGUCCACACCAUGAUCACCAUCCACCUCAAGAUAGAUCAGGAAUCAAUAACGUGUGCAAUUCUCAGUGAAAAUUAUCUUCUCCAUCUUCCUAGAACUUUAUUUUAUAAUAGUAACAUCC